AUGUUGUUAUUGAUGGUACUUUACUGUGACGGUCUUGAAUGUCAACGUUUAAUCAUAAAGUCAAAAAUUCCAACAAUAACAAUGUGGUCAACAGAGGAUUUAAGUAACAGACAGUCUUUUGAAAUUGAAGAUGAAUCCCAACAAGAAAUUAGGUUGAUCCUUCAAGAAACAGAGUUGCUUGAUACAUCCUUCAUUAGCCGAUUUGCAUCUAUAAAUGGCUCUACCAUCUCUUCCUCUAUCUUCGCCACAACAGUUGCUGGAGACACAUUGCCUGAGCCGGAUUUCACAUUCCGAUCGGAGUUACCACCAUUGAUCAACACCACUACCACCAUUCCAUACCACCACUCUCUGGUUGUUCGGGAUCGAUAA